UCGUCGUGGCGAGGGAGGCGGAGCGAACCGCUGCAACUUUUGGAUGAACUUCUGAUUUGAACAAACGGAGAGGCGGUCAGCGGAGUGCGCGGAGAGCAACAAACCCAAAGGUGAAGAAGCCGCAGAUGUUUUUGUGUUUGUUUUUUUUUUUUUCACCCGAUACGAACACUUCACAGACGCUUUAUAUUAGAGCCUUUGUGUGUGUGUGUGUGUGUGUCCGGCGACUGACCAACGAGAGCGUUAUUUUUCCUCUCGAAGAAGGCAACACAAGGUGGAAAUGAAUAAAGGUCCCUGGCUGUGUCAUCUGUAACUCAGUGGUCUGGACAAGAUACUUGGACCAUAAGUUCUUUGUGUGGUCAAGAGAUCCAGACAACAACGGUCAGAAGAAAAGCCCUUAUUUAGUUAAGGUGCUGGGGUCAAGGUUGAACGAGCUGAAUCAUUCUCUAUUAUGAAUCCGCUGCAGACGGCUUUUUAGAGACUCCAUCAACACGCUUUUUUUCCCCAUCAAGCGUCACCUCUGUGAAGCACCUAAUGUGUUUGUGAUCCUCUCUCAUCACUUCACUCAGAGGGCAUCAUGUUGGCCCAAAUCUAAACACAUCAGCACCCCAUCCUUACCUUUUCCCUCCCAUCUCCCCUCCCCACACCUUCCCCAUCUCCAUCAUGACCAGUCUGAAGCGCUCUCAGACAGAGCGCUCAGUUGGGGGCUCGGUACCAGCCACUGAUGAGUUCUAUACCCGUCGCCUACGACUGCCCAAUGGAGGUGCUCCGCCACCUCGAAGCGAGAGCGCCCACAUCUCCUCUUCCUCAACCACUGGCACCAACCCCGGCGUCCCCAAGAUGGGGGUUCGGGCUCGUGUUGCGGACUGGCCCCCAAGGAAAGACGGGGGAGGAGGUGGUGUGUGGCACAUCACCGUGGAAACAGACUCGCCCAGCUCCACCAACACCACCAGCUCUUCAGGAUCAGGAAGUGGAGAUAGAGAAAGACUUGGAUUGGGUGGAGGAGGUGGAGGUGGAGGAGGUGGUAGUGGUAGUGGUGGCAGUGGAGGAGGAGGGGUAUCGGCCGUCACAGCCCACAGCAAUCUGUCAGCCAAGCUCGGCCACCUGAUAAGCCCACAGGACUCUUCCAUGCUGCGCAACAUCCACAACACGCUGAAGAACAAGAUGCAAAGCAAGGGAAAGGACAAUCGCUUUCUGUCGCCGGAUGGCUAUCUUGGCUCACCUCGCAAAGGAAUGAGACGCAUCCGCCAGCGCAGCAACAGUGAUAUAACUAUCAGUGAGCUGGAUGGGGAUGGGAAUGAGGGCUGGUCAUUCUCUGGGUGGACACCCAUGCACCGUGAGUAUGGCAGCACUUCAUCUAUAGACAAACACGGUGUGUCAGGAGAGAGCUUCUUUGACAUGCUAAAGGGAUACCAGUCCCAUGAGGCCCCUGAUCAACGUAGCCCGGCUCCUGAGAGGUUAACGGAACUCCUUACUGUGGCUCCCAUAAAACAGGCUGCCCUGGACUUACCAGAUGGACCUUUAGGUCCAGCAAGAGGCAGUCCUGCCAGUCGGCUGAAGGAACGAGAAAAGCACUUGAAGAGAAGGUCAAAGUCAGAAACAGGUGGAGAGUCGAUAUUCCGUAAGCUGCGAAGUGUUAAGGUGGAGGGUGACACAUCUAGGGCUGGCUCAGAUGUCGAAGAUGGCGGUAAAACAGAUGAGAGUGUCUCACCUCCCAAGCCCUGGGUGUGCCAAAAAGGCUUUGCUCAUUUUGAUGUCCAAUCCUUACUCUUUGACCUCAAUGAGGCGAUACAAAGUCGGCAGUCUGGGGCCAAGCGCAAGAACACCACAACCGGCGCCUCGGCUGCCGCUGCUGCCUCUGCUUCAGCCACAUCGUCCCUCUCCUCCAACCAAAGUGGAGUCUAUGGGUCACCUUGUGGCUCUCAAGAGGAGCUGAGCAAGGAGGGGACGGGAGGAGGACAUGGUACCAACCCUGCCCUGGACCCUGGUGAUGACAAGAGCAAUGAUUUGGUUCUCAGCUGCCCUUGCUUCAGGAAUGAGAUUGGUGGAGAGGGUGAGAGGAACAUCUCUCCUGCUAAACAACAGGGUAGCAUUGGUAGUGGUGGAAGCUCAAGCAAUUCCUCUGGCAGCACAGAAGAAGGACCUUUAGAUGCCACACUCACUACCCACUUUACCAAUGCCGGGGUGGCAGUUUUGGAGGCUCCCAAGGAUGGGCCAAGCCAGCAUGCCGACAGGUCCAAACGAUACAUCGUGGAACAUGUUGACCUCGGCGCCUAUUACUACCGAAAGUACUUCUAUCUCCGAGAACACUGGAACUAUCUGGGGGUAGAUGAAAACCUGGGUCCGGUGGCGGUGAGCCUGAGGAGGGAGAAGUUGGAGGAGCACAAAGACCAUGGUCAACAGUACAACUACAGAGUUAUCUUCAGAACGAGUGAGCUGAAUACGUUGCGUGGUUCCAUCCUGGAAGAUGCAGUACCAUCCACAUCCAAGCAUGGUCUAGGUCGAGGUCUGCCCCUCAAAGAAGUGCUGGAGUACCUCGUACCCGAGCUCAACGUUCACUGUUUGCGCCUCGCACUCAACACACCGAAGGUCACUGAGCAGCUGAUGAAGCUGGACGAACAGGGGCUGAGCUUCCAGCGGAAGGUGGGGGUGAUGUACUGCAUGGCGGGCCAGAGCAGCGAGGAGGAAAUGUACAACAACGAAGCAGCUGGUCCUGCGUUGGAAGAGUUCCUCCAUCUGCUGGGCGAGAGGGUUCGACUGAAAGGCUUCAGCAAGUAUCGGGCUCAGCUGGACACCAAGACUGACUCGACAGGCACCCACUCCUUGCACACUACUUAUAAGGAUUAUGAGAUCAUGUUCCACGUGUCCACCAUGUUGCCCUACACACCAAACAAUAAGCAACAGUUGCUGCGGAAGCGUCACAUCGGGAACGACAUCGUCACGAUCGUGUUCCAGGAGCCCGGCGCGCUGCCCUUCACCCCCAAAAACAUCCGCUCACACUUCCAGCACGUCUUUGUGAUCGUGCGGGCGCACAACCCUUGCUCUGAAAACAGCUCCUACAGCGUGGCGGUCACCCGCUCCAAAGACGUGCCCUCUUUCGGCCCCCCUAUCCCGGAGGGCGUGACCUUCCCCAAGUCGUCCGUGUUCCGGGACUUCCUGCUCGCCAAAGUCAUCAACGCCGAAAACGCAGCGCACAAAUCGCACAAGUUCCGGGCCAUGGCCACCAGGACGCGCCAGGAGUACUUGCGCGACCUCGCCGAGCGCCACACCACCAGCACGCCGAUCGACCCCUCGGGAAAGUUCCCUUUCAUCUCGCUCGCCCACAAGAAGAAGGAGAAGAGUCGGCCGUACGGGGGGGCGGAGCUGCGGAGCCUCGGGGCGGUGACCUGGCCCGUCCACGCUGAGGAUCACGGCAACGGAGGGGAGCUCGAGGGCCUUCUGGCCGUCUCCAAUGACUUCCUCAUCCUGUUGGACCAGGAGGCCAAGGCCGUGGUGUUCAACUGUGCCACUAAGGAUGUGAUUGGGUGGACGCUCAGCAGCCCGGCGUCUUUAAAGAUUUUCUACGAGCGGGGAGAGAGCGUCUCUCUGAGGAGUAUCAAUAAUAAUACGGAAGAUUUCAAAGAAGUGGUCAAACGACUUGAGUCCCUCACUAAAGGCUGCGAGACGUCGGAGAUGACGCUUCGCCGGAACGGCCUGGGACAGCUCGGCUUCCACGUCAACUACGAAGGCAUCGUGGCUGAGGUGGAGCCGUACGGCUACGCCUGGCAGGCGGGGCUGCGGCAGGGAAGCCGCUUGGUGGAAAUCUGCAAGGUUGCCGUGGCAACGCUGACCCACGAGCAGAUGAUCGACCUCCUGAGGACCUCGGUGACGGUGCGCGUUGUCAUCAUCCCGCCGCAUGAUGAUGCCACUCCCCGCAGGGGCUGCUCGGAGCUCUACCGGGCGCCGGUGUCAGAAUACAAGGGCAGCAGCAGCGACAGCGGAUCCUUCGAGUACAAAUUCCCCUUCCGCAGCAACAACAACAAAUGGCAGCGGACGUCGAGCAGCCCUCAGCAGUCGCUGACGGCCUCGCCGCAGCCCCACACGCCCAACCGAGCCAUCAGCCUGGGCAGCUCGGUGGGAAAGACCCUGUCAGCCGAGAGGCUGGAGAGGGGCGCCGUCAUCCCCCGCAGCGUCAGCAGCGACGGCCGACCUCUAGACACCAAGAGGAUGUCUCCAGGCAGCGAGAGCUACAGCCUGGCCUCCUCCCUGGCUUUAGGUCGCUCCCCUCACAACCGCAGCUCCCCCAGCAACUUGUCCUGUUCCAGCGAUGCCUCCGGAAGCUCUGCUCACUGGAGGCAGAAGUCCAUGCCUGAGCAGUUUGCAGGCAGCCGCCAUUCUCCGAUGUCCACGGAGAGACGGGAGGUGGGCGGAGAGGGCGGGUCCAGCGGAAAGUCCACCCCCAAUUGGUCGAGAAUGGAAGAAGGGGGAGGAGCAGAACGAGGGUCAACAGAGGCUCCAGUCUCCAAAUCGGGCCAAGGAUACUCGGGAGCUCCCCGCAUCCAGAGGCAGGAGCAAGUCAUCCAUCUGUCCCCGAAGAAGGGCAGCCAGUCGGACGGCCCCUACUCCGGCCACUCCAGCAGCAACACCCUGUCCAGCACAGCUUCCAGCGGGGGCCACAGCGACAGCGACAAAUGGUACGAGAUGGGGGCGGGCGGAGGAUCCAGCGGCGACCAGGGCGACCCGGAGCCCAACGGCCUGGGAGGAGGCGGCUACCUCCAGGGGGCCUCGGCCGACAGCGGCAUCGACACCAGCUCUUACGGCGGCGGCGGCGCCUCGCACCACGCGCACCCCCACUCCCACCACGGCAGCACCUCCUCGCUGCUGGCGCCGAGCGGGGGCAGAGACAGAGACAGAGACAGAGACAGCCGGGAGAGGUCGUCGUCCCCCUGGCACAGUCCCACCGAGGGAGGCCGCAGGAUGCUGGAGAGGUCGCCCGCCGCCGCCGAGUCUCCCGGGCCUCCCGGAGAACGGAGCCUGGACUCGACGGGUCGAAGCCCGCCCACUCACCUCCUGGUCAGGGACAGCAGCACCUACAGCCUGAGCGAAGCCGGAUCACACUCGAGUGCUCGGCACUCGGGCCAUAGCUCUCCCAGAGAAGAGUCGUCCUCUUCGGCCACGUCCCCUUCAUCUCAGUCCUCAGUGUCCCCCGGGCCCAAGAGCUUCUACCCCCGGCAGGGAGCUCAGUCCAAGUACCUGAUUGGCUGGAGGAAGCCCGGCUCUACUAUAAAUUCUGUCGACUUCGGAGACACUCGCAAGAAAUCUCCAGGAGAAGGUGGAGUAGAUCUGAUUCCAACACCGGCUGCCAGGCCAUCGCUCAGAGACAUGCACUCGCCCCAGCCUCACGCAAAAUCGACUAUUGAGGAGGACGUGAAGAGGCACGGUGCUCCCGACAGUCCUCCACCGCCACGCAAACACAAGGAAAAGCAUAGCCAGAAAACACCGCCCGGUCAGCCCCUGAGCCGCCGCCGCUCGCUCCAUCGCACCCUGUCGGAUGAGAGCAUUUAUCGAGGCCAGCGCCUUCCCUCCCUGGCCGACUCGGUGACCGAACCGGCGCUCGCCGCUGACGUUCUCUUCAGCUGCUCCACUCUUCCACGCUCGCCCACCACCCGUGGCGUGCCCCUCAGACGGCCUUCCUACAAGCUGGGCGUCAAACUCCACGGUGACCUCUCGGCGUCCGACACGUCACUGGUGGAUUUGGUGGAGCGUCAUCGUGGGCCCCUCCCUCAGGAGCUGAUGCCCCUCCCCUCUUCAGACAGAGACAGCCCCCUGGAGUGGACACACCUGGUGGACGUGGCCAGCACCUUCGAGAACGACAGAAACACACACUAUGUCCAGAGAAGUUUCGUGUUUGGGGAUUCAAACCACCGGAGCAGCGGCGCCUCCAGCCCCCAGCAGCCCCACAUAGAGCUGCAGCCUGCGCCACUGUCACGGCCCUCAUCAAGUGAGGGUCACAUAGGGCUGGAGAGGAAGGUGACUAAACUAGAGGCCAUGGUGAAGAUGCUCCAGGAGGAUUUGAAGAAGGAGCGUGAGGAGAAGGUGCGUCUUCAGGCUCAGAUCAAGAGGCUGUGGGAGGACAACCAGAGGCUGCAGGAGGAGUCCCAGACCUCCGCCGCCAAGCUCAAGAAGUUCACCGAGUGGGUCUUCAACACCAUCGACAUGAACUGACAAAGCCUGGACGGAGCGAGGGGGGAACGACGUUAACAAAAAAAAACAAAAAAACAACUGUAAAUGUUGGACGCAAUUAGCCUGAUGCUUAUAAAAAACCAUCCUAUACAUCAGUAGGUAUUAUAUUCGACCCGUGUCCACCCUCUGUUCAACCAGCUUCUAAAGAUAUUUGAUGACGGGUGUCAUUCAUCAGAUAAUACCCUCCAGUGGGACCUGUUAAUCUUUCUCUUGUGACUUUUUCUUGAAAUUGCCAACAAGGAGGAAGCCGCUCUCCUCUUCUUUCUGCAGACUUUGCCUCUUGCACUUAUUCCAGAGGUGAAUGUGAUGUUCCUUCCUUCCUUCCUGCCAUCUUUUCUCCGUGGACGUGCUUCUCUUUUUAGGACAUUUGGCCUUCUUCUUUUUUUUUUUUUUCUUCUUCUUUCUCUAAAAAGAGACUUCAAUUUUAUUUUAUUUUUUGGUGCCAUAUCAAACCUGCCACAGCCGAGGGAAUCACAGCGUCAUCCGUACGCACCACCGAGCCGGCAAAAUAAAUCCGAAGCCGCAACAACCACGUCGUUUCCUUCACAUGUAAAUGACGCGAAGGAAUUUUCGUGUUUCCUCUCGUGAAACCACUUCACUGAUCCGCCUCGGCUCGGGAGGGAAUCCUGGAUUAUUUGUACAGUUUUUUUUUGUUUUCCUCCUCUGUCUCCUCUCCUCAGAUAUGGAUUACAACGUCCUUUCUGUCUCUACAGCACAAACCAACUCCCCCCGACAGAGGAGUCGAGGUUAAAAAGCCAUCGGCAAGCAGUGCCACAAAAAACACGACUGAUCCUUGUGCUUUGGUUUAUCCGAAAAAUGUAUGUGUCUUAUAAAAGCAAUAGGAAGAACUCCUGUGUUUCUCUCUCCGAAAAAACAAAAACAAAAAAAAAACAAAUAAAGGGAGAACUUUCUCUGGGAAGAAGCUUGAAGUGGGGAAAAAGGAUGAUUUUAGAGGGUACCGACAAAAUCUGCCGCACAAGAGCCUUCAUCCUUUUUCCGCUCGCGAAAAUGGAAAGUCGAGGACUCGUCAUCCCACUGUUUGGAAUACAGAGAGCAGGCUGAUUGUAAAUGUAAAUGACAGAGACAUUUUUUUUGGAGGGGGGGAGGAAAAGUUUGGAGAAUUUUUUUCUUUCUUCUUUUUUUUUCCCCCCGGUUUAAUUUAUUUCCUUGUAUUAUAAUUCCAAUAAAUAAGUUGCUCUACUCGUACAGUACAACUGACAUCAGUGUUUAGUUUCCUCAAGACUCACUAGCUACAUUAUUUAAAUGGCUUUCUUUCUUAAUUCUGGCUAAAGCCCGACUAUAUGCUUUUUAUUCUGUAUUAUGUUGUAUUUCGUGGUGCCCGAGCCUGCUGUCGUGUUGCUUACAGUGCCCUCUAGUGGUGACCAGUGGAAAUGUCAUGAUUUGUAACUGUGCUGCCAGUCACUCUUGUAUUUUCUUUUCUUUUCUUUUUUUUUUAUUUUUCAUUUUUUUCCUUCCUCUUCAGCAAUCAGUCAGACAUCAACCCGGGAAGCCACACAACAAAAAAAAACAACACACAGGACAGGAAGAAUAAUCAGAAGCCAGCUCUGAGAGACAAUCAAAGGUUGAUUUUUGAUAUUAAAAAAAAAAAAAAAAGGAGCAGACAUGAGGUGUAUGCAUGUGUGUGUGGAUGUUGUCUAGUCCUCAGGUUCAGGAUAUUUCCAAAACCUAAUGAAAAUAAGAGGGAGAUACAAUACCUCCUGUACUUGUGUGUGUGUGUAGUCAUCGUGUGAAUGUACAUCAGUGUAUCCAGCCGUGCCUACAGUCACUUAUUAUUGGUCAUUUACUCCCAGGCAGAGCAGGGACGUGCCUUUGAAACAGCACCUGGGGGAACAGAUAAAAGGGAAAAAAAGGCCCUUCUUCUUCUUCUUUUCCCUGAGACAUAAACACACCUGGUACUGUAACACACACUCACCUAACGCAUUUCUAAUCAGGUUCAUAGUCGCAGUAAAUGUUUUUGCUGUUGUUGUUGUUGUUUCGGAAGGAUAAGGGAACCGAUGCAAGGCUUUAUUUUUACCAGCCGGGGCAGAGUGUGUGUGUGUGAAGAAAUGUGUCCACGUGUGUGCCUUACAUGCAUGCACGCACAAACACCUCAUAGCAACUUUAAUACAAGUGAAGCUGGAAGACGAUUUCCCCUUCAAAAACACAAACUGUAGUAGUUAGUUCAGAUCCGCUCGUUAAUGCAUUUAAAGUUCGUUACAUGCUCUAAGAGAUGCGAGAAAUUUGUUCUCGAGAAGAAAAACUUUACUUUUUGCCAGGUUAUUUAAACUUCUCAAGAAAGGCCAAGUCCUCACAGGCCCCGCCCAUUGCGGCAUACGUCACACACGCUAAGUAUUGUGGGAGACGCUGAAGACGGACCACGCCGUUCAUUCACCCACAUACACUAUGCUGAUAUCUAUCUGGGAGAGAUUAGCGGUUACACUGCCAAUAUUAGCAUGUCGGAGCUAACCAUUGCUUGUAUAUACUAUGGACAAACCCAUCGUAAUGUCACCCGUUAUGUUCUCAACCUCGAAAAUGGAGCUUUCGGUCGCCAUGUUGGAUGAGCUUAGCUCCGCCCACACUCGGAUAUUCCAAAUAUGGACAUGGGAGGAGGGGGCGUGUCGGACGUUAAGACCCGCCUACCCAACAAACUGUCCGCUACCUGUUAGCUCAGGCUAUAAUUGCAUAAUUUUAAACUUAAAUAAAAAUAAAUAAGCGAAUGAGUUAGAACAGAUUUCACUUCCAGUACAGUUGUCAUAAAUAGUGAAAUAAACUACAUGGGCUCCGUUGUUCAGACCUGGAGGUUGCUGCUUAAUUUUAGCAUGAAGGAGCUCACUGAGUGGCCGCCAGCAUUUCCGCGUUAACCACGCCCACUUCCGAUUUCCGACCAAUCACAGAAUAGAAACCGGACACCGCCCGAGAAAAAAGUUCUGUCCUGUUCAUGUAUCGAGAACAAGCUGCGAGAACAAACCUCUCGCUUCUGGCGGAGGAUGUAACGGCCUUAAAUCUCUUAAAUUGGUGCAAUUAAAACCCUGCGACGCAUCGGCACAAAUCAAAAAGAGAAUGUAAAAGAGCAUAUAAAAAAUAAAACAAGCCUACAGAAAUGUGACGUUUAUGACAAGAAAAAACAAAAACAAAAAAAAACAUUCAGCUCUCCGGUUCUGCAGAGAGAUGGGUGAAGUCUUGGUUCUGUUUUAAGAAUCUCUCAUCAGCUACACAAAGUAGACCGACAGUCGGUAGCUGUUUAAACUUUUUAAAAAUAGUUUUACAAGUUGGCCAGUUGUGAAAAACAAGUCAUCCAAAAAAUGUGAACAAUACACACAAAAGUCGAGGCGUAAAUGUCCCCUAUUACUGAUUCAUUUUGUGUCUGUAACGACGUCGAUGCGUAAAUGAUUCACUGAAGGCUUGUAUUUUAUUGUAAAUGGAAAGCGCUAUAGUUUUUAGUUGUUUUUUUUUUUUUUUGAAUGGCCAAAUGACGACUUGUGCAGUGCAGAUGUUUCGCUUACAUCUUUAAAAAUGUGCAUCGACUCAACCUUACACACGGCCCAGUUGUGAAUGUCGUUCCAGAUUUUCUUUCCUUGUUUCUGUUUAUUCUCGACAGAAUGAUACGUGAAUGUUUGGAUGUUUCAGGUGUUCCAUUUUUUUUAUUUGUAAUAUUUUUUGAGAGCCUUUGCACAAUGUUUUCUAUAAGGUUUGUGGGUUUAAAAGGGGUGAAUUUGGUCCAUUCCCGUGCAAAUCUUGUCUUAGAUGUUGUAGUUUCCCCUGCCAGUGCAGCUCCUGACAAAAAGAAAAGAAAAAAAUAGAGGAACGUGCUUCUAAAACUAAAAACAAAUGUGAACCCCUAGUUUUCCUUUACAGGACAGGAGCAGGCUAGAUGGUGAUUGAGGUCAGUGAAUGCAGCAGAGAGGAGGAAGAGGAGGGAGGAAGGCUUGACAAAGCUGCACUGCUGUGUGGUGAUCCGAUCAGUCUUUAAGAACAAACAGUAAGAGACAAUAAACUCUGACAAAGCACACAACUUAAAGAGGUUUAAAAUACUGUUUACAUCCCGGAUCCAUUGUCUUUGUAAAAUGUAAAGGUAUGAAAAAGACAUUUGCAGUGACCACAGUAUUAAAGUUUCUGAAAUAAAUAAAUGCCGUAUCAGAUACGUGCUGCUGUCCA